UGCAGUGUUUGCAAUAGCAAUUGUAACGUAUAUAAAUAGUUUUGGUCAUUUGGAAUAGUCAUCAGUUCAACGUUUUCUUGCAAACGAGAAUCGAUUUUAAAUCUUUCGCAAAGAUCUCGUGUGUGUGCGUGUCCUUUUUUGUGAUUUAAAUAAAAACAAUAUAAUCAAAGUAUAAAAAUGAAGUAUUUCAUUGCUAUCGCUUUACUUGUCGCUGCCGCCCAAGCCAUUCCUAUUGAGUUGGGUCACUACGGUCAUGGACCUUUGUUACAUGCUGCCCCCGUUCUAGCCCAUGGCCCCGUCUUAGCGCAUGCUCAUCCAGAACCUGUGGCCUAUCCUAAAUACUCAUUCAACUAUGGCAUUAAAGAUCCUCAUACCGGUGACAUUAAAUCACAAGCUGAGGAACGUGAUGGUGAUGUAGUCAAGGGUCAAUACUCUUUGGUUGAACCUGAUGGUUCUGUACGUACCGUUGACUAUACCGCCGAUGAUCACAAUGGUUUCAAUGCCGUUGUACACAAGACCGCACCUAAGAUCGUUGCUGCACCCGUACAUGGUCCAGUCUACGCUCAUGGUCCAGCACCAUUGUUGCAUCAUUAUUAAUUUUCAUCAACACAAAGAAGACAACAAAGAAAAGAAAAUAAUUAUAAAAUCUAAUUAAAGAAGACAAAACAAAAGGAAUGUCAGGGAUGUAAUGUAAUGAAACGAAACUGAAGUGAAAAGUAUAAAAAUGAAAUGAACGACAAGCUGGAAGAGACGACGAAUGAAGAAAUUAAAGACAAAUUUUGCUAUGAACUGGAUUACGGUAUGGUUUUUUUUAUAUUAAAUGGUCUAGAAUUUUAAUAAUAUUUUUUUAAUUAAUACUUAAUUAAAGAAAAAACAAAGUAUUUAAGUUUCAAAGUUAUCGAUACGAAGUAAAAGAAACAAUGAUGAUGAAGAAAAGAAAAACAGAAAAAGAAAAAACUAUUGAAAGUAUCAAAAAAGUAUUUAGAUUAACUUUAACUUUUAAUUACAAUUAAUGCAUUUAAAGGGUUUUUUCUUUUUCUCGUUUUUGUAUUAAAGGAAACAAACGAUUUUAUUUUAUAUUUUUGUUUUAUAAUAAUUUCUUUAAGUUAAUUUUUCAAUUCUUAAACAAAAAAACAACAAAAAUUUCAUUAACAUUUCCUUUAAACUCUUACUGGUUCUCUUUAUAUUUCCUAUUGAAAAAAAAAACAUUACUUAAGAGUUGUUAUUAAGAGUAAUUAGAGCUUUUGAUGUUGAACAAAAACACAUUU